UUUCCACACACACCACAAACAUACACACACAAACAAUCAAUCCACACAAUUUAAUCUAGCUACCUAAAUACACCUAGCUAGUAAUAUGGCGGCGGCGGCGGCGAUGAAGACGGUGGCAUGCGUGGCGGUUUUGUGCUUGCUUGUGACGGGGCAAUCCGCGGAGGCGGCGAUAACCUGCGGCAGCAUCGUCUCGAAGCUGGCUCCCUGCCUUCCUUACGCCACGCAUAAAGUAGCCGCUCUUCCCUCCACUUGCUGUUCCGCCAUUUCAAAUAUCAAAGCAGCCGCCAGCACCACCGCCGACCGCCAGGCUGCCUGCAGCUGCCUGAAGAGCGUCGCCGGAAAAUAUGCCGGCCUCGACCUCGGCCUUGUCUCUGGCAUCCCCGGCAAGUGCAACGUCAACAUUGGUUACCCCCUCAGCACCACCGUCGACUGCACCAAGGUGCAGUGAGAUAAUUAAGCUGCUGCUAAUAAGGGAGGGAGUCAUCAUCAUAUAUUUCAUAUUUGUGAGAUGCUGCUGAUGGUGGUGGUUAAUUUAUGGAGUACGUCAUUAAUAUUCGAUCGAUCAGCUCCCUAUACUAUAAAUGGAGUAUUAUAUUUGAAUAUUUAAUAAUAAAAAUAAUAUGUGUGACGAGGAAUAAAAGAGGUUACGUCCGGCCUAUAUAUUGUCGAUCUUAGCUUAAUUAGCUUGUUGUGUUCAUCCUCAUAUCUUUCUCGUUGAAUUGUACGUUUUUCUCAUUUUAAUGCUUAUUCAUACCCUUUGUUUCUUGUUU